AGUUUAAGAAAAAGAAUUCUUUAAAAAAAGGAAAAUUAAUUUCGUUUUGAAGAAAUAACAUCCGUUCCAUUAAGUGAAAGUACUAUCCACUGAGUUUGUAGUACCACGAUUUCUUCCCUCUUAAAUAUUUACCAUACCACCCAGCAUUUUUCAUAGGGGAUUAACAGCAGUAUUAUAAUUUCUUUGUGUUUUGUGUAAUUUAUUAUUUAAAUUAUGACAGCCGAAACACUUAAACCGUUCAUAUCACCACAGAGCGUCGAUACCUUUCCUACGACGCUUUCCAGCAGUACGGCGCGAUAUAAACGCAGCAGCCACUUAAUUGCUAUUGUCGUCGGCGGGAUCAGUUUGGUAUUUGCAGCGAUUUUACUAGUAAUACUGAUAUGGAACACUAACCGUUUAACGAAACUUGAAACUAAUGUAAAUACUUUAAGCAGAGUUUUAGAGAAUUUGCAAAAACGUUUGGGUUUACAAUAUUUGGAUGAAAUUAAUGAUUUCGAAAAAGAGUAUUCAAAUGCUCUUAUCGAUGACCCUGAUGAAGAUAUGGAGACUGAAGAUGGCGAUGAUGUUGAUGAUGAUGAUGACGAUGAGGAUGAAAAUGAACGGGAGAAGGACAAACUUUCAAAUGCAGACUAUGAUGAUUAUGAAGAUUUAAUAAAAAAGUUUAACAGCUAUGAUGAUUCGGAUGGCGAUGAUGAAGAUAUAAUAUCUGAUGAUGAUAACUUGUACGAUGAUUUUGAAAAAUAUAAGGACUCAAAGAAAAAACAUCAACGAGUGUCACGAUCUAUUGAUAAUGUUCAAGUUUUAACUAUACAUGAAGAUGAAAAUAAAUCAGAUCAAAAUAAGACUACAACUGCGGUUGAGACGAAAUCAUUAAAUUCCGAUUAUCCUUCAUACAAAACAAGUUCUAGGACUCAAGAAAAGAUCUCAGACAAUUUGAAAAACCACAGUCAACGUAAAUUUGUAGCUGAAAACUUAGAUAAGCGACGUUCACAUUUACGGAGCCAUUUAAAUCGCAGACGUAAAAUUCCAGUUUAUCGAACUGGUGAAUCUCUAUCUUUUUCAGCAAAAUCUUCGCUUAUGUCAAACUCAAUUGACUCAGCUCCUGCAGCACACUUCCAUUUAACGCGUACAGUUCCCGGUCGACAAGCAGCAAUAAAAGUUCCAUUAUAUGCUGGAGAUAUAUAUAUUGGGGAGCCAAGUAUGUCUAGUAGCUAUUUCGAGGUUGAAAAUGGAGUUCUGACAGUGCUUGAAUCUGGUCUUUAUUACAUCUAUGCUCAGGUGUGUUACAAUAACACACAUGAUCAAAAUGGCUUCGUAAUAUUCCAUGGACAUAAACCAUUCUUACAAUGUCUAAAUACUGUGCCAACGAACAUCCCACUUAAAAUUCAUACAUGCCAUACCAGCGGCCUCAUCCAUCUACGCGCAGAUGAAACAAUACACAUACGAGACUUCCACACCGAUCGAAGUGUAAUUUUAAAGGACACAAAUAACAGAAGCUAUUUUGGUCUCAUUAAAGUGAAAUAAAGGAAACUCUAUUAAGGGAAAUUAUUUUAAAUUGAUGAUAAUUUUUUGAUAUUUGGCAGAUGCAUUGUAAUUUUUUAAUUUAAGCAGUAAAUUUUAGUUGUAGUCUUGAACUUCUUUAGUUAAGUUAUUUAGCAUUAAUUGUAGCAAACCAAAAAUUAUUAUAAAGCUGUUUUAUAUUAUUUUACAAUAAUAUUUAAUCAGAUCAAAAUGUGACAAGAAUCUGUGGGACGAGGUUUUCUUGAACUCAAACAUAAUUUAAUUAUAUCACUUUUUAU